CACAAAGCUCUGGGACUGAUGAUCUGAUUCAUAUAUAUAUUAUAUAUAGACGCGCGCACACAAGAAAGCCGCGUCGGAGGACUAAAAACGCCAUUUAUUUACCAUUUUUUAGGAAUCUGGUUAUUAUUGCAUCUAUUGUUUAUUAUUGUGAAAAGAAGACAAACAGCAUCUAUAAUCAUUUUCGAAGGGAGUGUCUCGACAUGGACAGGAUUUUGAUGUUUGCGCAGGAGGAGCGCACGAGCCUCUGAUGCGCCGCCGUCAUUAGUUCAGUGUGUGUGUGUGUGUGUGUGUGUGUGUGUGUGAGAGAGAGAGCAUGGGUCCGAUGUCUCUGCUGGCUCGAAUCAUGCGCUAUCUCCGGCACCGGCCGGAGACCCUGCUGCUCUUCUGUCUCAGUCUGGCUCUCUGGAGUUUCCUCUUCCACACGGAUGAGGUGAAGACCAUCAUGCGCUCGAGCCGCGACGCGGUGAACAUGAUGAAGGGCAAGGUGGCGGAGAUGAUGCAGAACGAGCUGGACGAGGAGCUCUCCAGAAUCUGGCAGCACAGGAGCAAGAGUGCGGCGGUGUACUCGAUCCAGGGCAGGAGGGACCACAUGGAGGACAGGUUUGACAUUCUCACGGACACACUGAACAAGAGCCAUCCGACCAUCUUUGGCGUCUUCGAUGGGCAUGGUGGAGAGACGGCAGCAGAAUAUGCCAAGUCGCAUCUUCCCGUCAUGUUGCGGCAGCAGCUUCAGCGUUAUGAGAAGCAGAAGGAGAACAGCGCUGUGACCUGCCAGUCCAUCCUCAAACAGCAGAUACUCAACAUGGACAAAGAGAUCCUGGAGAAACUGUCGGCCUCCUAUGAUGAAGCAGGUACCACGUGUCUGGUGGCUCUGCUGUCUGAGAAGGAGCUGACUGUGGCGAAUGUUGGCGAUUCGAGGGCGGUUCUGUGUGAUAAAGACGGUAAUGCUGUCCCGCUGUCACAUGACCACAAACCCUACCAGCUCAAAGAGCGGAAGAGAAUCAAGAAAGCAGGUGGCUUCAUCAGUUUCAGCGGCUCAUGGCGUGUGCAGGGCGUUCUUACCAUGUCACGUUCACUCGGCGACUACCCGCUGAAGAAGCUGAACGUGCUGAUCCCUGACCCCGACGUGCUGACCUUUGACCUGGACAAACUACAGCCUCAGUUCAUGAUUCUAUUUCAUGACUGA